UUUUAAUACAGAACUUCCAUAAUGAAGCCUCAAACUUGGAGUAUUGAUCAAGAUAAAAAAAAUGAUGAAUGUAAUUGGGAUUGCAUUCCUGAAGAGCCCUCUCCAAUGCAGCCUCCGCAUUCUUGAUGAAUUUAUAAAUAAAAGAAACACUUUAUUACUCAAUAAGGGCAGAAUUAAGAAAUAAAGACAUCCACACCUUCAGAGAGCAAAGAAGAAGUGUAAAUGAAGAAAUUUCUAGUGUUUUUAAUUCUCCAAGUCAAACUAAUGCUUACACUUGCACUAAUAAAAGCUCAAUGCUUGCUAAUCUUUACCCUCAUGCUAAAAGUAGUUUUAUUGAUCACCCAGAUCACCUUUCGAAGCAUGAGGAAACUAAGUGUAAGAGAUCUAGAAAGAAAAAAUAUAUCCGAAGAAAUAGGUGCAUCUCAAUACCACGAAAGAACACUGCAGACCCGAUGAUGCAAUUUGGCGCCAAACGCUAUAAAACUAAAAGUUUAAAAAGGGCCAAGCACAAAAUUUCGAAGGAGAAGAAACCUAGUACUAUGACAUUCAAACCACUGAAUUAACUCUUCUGGAUGCAUGAGCUAGAUAGACAAUUGGAAAUGAAGUUUUAAACCUCCAGACAAAAAACUCUAUCAGCUUCAUAUUUAUUAUCUCAACUAUUGACUCGAAACAACGAGUAUCUGGAAGACUUACAAAAGCUUCCUCAAAUUGCAGUAAAUAAUUUAUGGACUUUUUAUUA